AUGCCGUGCGAGUGCCUUGAGGAGGGCCUUUCCUUCCAAGAAACUGACAAGACGUGCAUCCGUGUACCCCCGGCUGUCACGUGUGACAAGGACUGCGGGUCUGCAGAGUGCGUUCUCAAGGACCGCACGGCCCAGUGCAAGUGCCCUGGGAGCCUCGUGUUUGACGAGGCUAACAUGGCCUGCAGCGAGAAGGCUCCUGCUCCUGCGAAGGACCCAUGCAAGGCACGCACAGUGAAGUGUGGCAAGAACUUCAAGUGCGUCGUGAAGAAUGGGCAGAAGGCCGCUUGCGAGUGUGAGACCGGCUACACCAAGAGGAACAACCAGUGCAUUGCCAUGUGCAAGGCCUGCACUGUUAAUGCCCAGUGUGUGGUUAUGGGAGGAGUGGCGGGAUGUCACGACUCAGAAAGGAUAGGUGGAAAGGCCUUGGGGCAAGGGCAGGUGGCAAGCGAAGAACAGGCGACCCUAGUUGGAUGGGCAGGGGGCAAGGAGGAGCAAGCUGGCAGCGCCAGAGGAACAUCAGAUCGGGGGGGAGGGGGGUGGGCUGAUGGAGCAGAGGUGCAAGCAGCUGCAUGCGGUUUCUCGGAGAGCAGGAACCAACUUGGCUGA